CGAGUAAUUGAGCAGCGGGCGCAGUUAGAGGGAUCUUAUGGGAAUUCCAGCGUGUACACUGCCAACAACAAAGAAAAUAGGCUUUUUUUUUGUCUUUUGGCAUUGGACGGUAGCCCUUAACUACGUAGCACGCCUCAAAAGAGCUCCGCCGCUGUUCCGCCAACUUCGCGCUCCGCGUCUCUGAUGCGUGUACACUGUAGCGGGCCAACCACGACGACCAUCAGAGAUUGACGAGAGCCAGUGAUGAUCAUACCGCUAUCUCUGGAUGUGCCGAUUUGAGCUUCUCGGGUGUGGCAUCUUGUACUGGCAGCGUCGACGGGCAGAGGCUACGAGAGACCUCCCAUCCAGGUGGGCUGAGCGUUGAGCGCAUCGCGGAGACUCCAGACCGCAGCUUUAACUAAUUAACCUGCCGCUUUGCGGCGUGUCCAUAGACCUUUGCAAACAGAAUGCUCCAUGAGAUCCUGCUCUCCCUCUCCGGCCAACCGUCUCCGCUCCUCGACACCCAGACGGAGAAGGGAGACCCUACUCGGUCAUCUUUUCCACUGCUGUCACCGCCAGAAAAGGCCCUCCUCGAUUCCCUUGCGCGGCUGAGUCGUCUCCAUGCUCUUCUCCGCGCUCAUACCUCCAAGAUUUCUGCUGCGCAUCCUUCAACUAUAUGUCGGGCAGUCUCCACGGCAAUUGCAACGGAGCACCUAGGGCGAUUCCAGAAGAAGAUCGUGGAGGUGGAAAAGAGCAUUCUCCUCAACGAUAGCAGCUAUGUGGGAGGAUACGGGAUAGUUCCUCUGUCGACCCUUGUCGGGGAAUUCGCUCCCUGGACACGGAGGAUGGAAUGGUUGUGGGAGGUGGCUCGGUUCAUGAAACCAGAUUCGACGCAGGAUAGAGGACCGGGUAAUUGCAGCGGCGCGGCCGUCAUUGAUUACCUGCGGAAGGAGUCGCAGACUGGUUAUAUCGACCUGGAGGAGAUGGCAGUACAGCUGGUAAAAGCGGCGGAGACAGCAUGGAUGAGACAACUAUCGAUGUGGCUACUGUACGGAAAUUUGCCUACUUUCGGGAAGGAGGACUUCUUUAUCCAGGAAGAUACGAGCAACGAGGGAGAUGGGCUGGAUUUCGUCAUGCAUGCAGACUUGCUUCCAAAGUUCGUCUCGUCUACUACAGCGUCGUCGAUCCUGUUCAUAGGGAAAUCUCUGAACCACAUCAGAGCCAAGCGGAAAACGUCCACAGCAGAUGCUUCACAGAGUUCUCUGUCGCAGGUGACCCUGCAGGGAGAUCAUAUUGGGCACCUUUCUUCUCUGGCAUCGCCUAUAUCACGGACAAAUUUCUCAAACGCCAUAACUGCUAUUCGAUUAUCGCUGUCGCAAACGGCUCUCUCCAAGCUUCUUCCGUUACCCAAGAUUCUUGAGGUUCUGUCUCUGCUCCAUGACUUCCUUCUUUUGGGUCGCGGCGAAUUUGCAAUGGCGCUGGUGUCACAAGCUGAUAAGCGUAUUUAUGGACGACACCGAUCCAGGACAGCUGGCAGCCUAGAUGGCCUCGCCAUCAAGGAGGGAGAAGCGAUGGCAGUUCUUACUCAGACAUGGGCAGAACUGGCCUCUCUUCAGAACGAAGAAGAUCCCGUUGACGACGAGUUGGAACUCGCGCGGGACUUGCUUCGUUUAUCCGUCAGCAGCAAGAAAAGCAGCCGUGCAGCGACGCCUCAAGAUGGUUCUGGUCCUAGCUUGAUUGCUGAGAUCUCCAGUGUCUCUUUCGACGACCUUCUCUUCCCAACCCCGACCUCUCUCUCACUCCAAGUCCGCCCUCCUCUUGAUUUGUUUCUUGCCGCAUCGGACAUAGCUAUCUACUCUAGGAUACACUCGUAUCUCCUUGGUAUCCGCCGAGCACAAAUCCGACUAGGCGACCUCUGGAAGCAUACCUCUCUUCGGCGGAGUUAUCCUUCUCCAUGGGGUCCUCCUCGAAGCAAUAAGAGAGGCGGAGAAUACCAGCUUCGGAUACGCAGACAGCGGGAGAACGCACGAACAGUACAAAUGAGACGUAUCUGGGCCACAAGCAGCGCUUCUCUUUUUGUCUUAUCAGAGAUAGGAAGCUAUUUCCAGGGCGAGGUAAUCAACGGUUCGUGGCAGCACCUUCGAGAAUCCAUCGAAGGCACUUCAUCCAGUCCAUUAUCACGACCAGCAUCCCGGCCAGGAACAUCCUCCAAAGCAAGCUCUCGGCCUGGAACGGGGCAUUCAAUGAAACAAAUCCACCGCACCGCAUCUGGUGAAACGACAGCCACGGACAAUCCAUUCAAUCAAUCAGCUCAACUCCACCAUCAGCCUCAUGACCCAGAAGCGCUCACUGUCGCACAUCGUCGUUACAUCGCCUCCCUCGUGCAGUCUCUCUUCCUGACCGACGUCCCCUUCACCAGCGCACUCCGCUCUCUUCUCACCAAUAUCGACCAUCUCAUUGCCCUCGUCAGCCGUCUCGAGGCUGUCCAGCGAAAUCUGGACCUCGAAACGGACGAAGGCGUCGUCGACGCCCUAGCAGACUACGCGCGAGAAGAGACUUCCAUCCGACACGAGUUACGCGAGACCUGCAACGAAAUCGAGACUGGUAUCAAAGACGUCAUUGCACGAUUACGAGACAUCGACGAUAGUCGUUCUGGCGAGGGCCGUCGAUUAUUCGAUCUGGGCAACCCCAAUCGAACCGCGGCCGUACCCGUCGCCGCUCCUGCUCCCACGCAGCCCAUGGAUAUGUAUGACUACGUCCCGCGUAAAGCAGCCGGCGUGGAUCGGUUGCUUAUGAAGCUCGAUUUCGGGAGCCUGAAUAGUUCCCUGGAUCAAGGAUAUUAUUAUCCGCUUCCCGGAACGGAAGGAGCUCAGCAGUAAUGUAAUGAGAAGAAACGCAAGAUAGUACCCUUGCUAGGAGAUACGCCUUAAUUGAUUCAUGAGAUAUUAUAAAAUAAUGAAACUGGAACUGA